GCAGAGAGACAGAGAGAGAAAAAACAAACAAUUAUCACCGGCGAGGGCGUGCCGUCCGCCGGCGGUUGAGAACAUUCUGAAAACAGAUAGACAGACAGAGAUUGCAAUUUGACCUAAUUGCACAUAACAACAACGACGUGACAACCACGUUUUGAAAACUCACCAAAUCUCAACCGUCCACUCCGAUUUGUGGCACCCUUCUCAGCCCUCCGAUCACCAACGCGUUGUCUUGCCUCUCUCAUUAAUUCAUUUCUCUAACAGAAAAAACCGCUACAACUCCUUCUCUCUUUCCUUCUUCAUUCCACCCCAAGCUCUGGUUUUUUCCUUCCACCGCCACCCUCACGCCUUCAAAAUCAAAACCCUUUUCCUUUUACGUGCGUUUUCGUUUCUCUCUUCAUCAUUGCCUAAAGGGUUUCUUGUUCCAGCCAUUGAUGUAGCAUUUUUAAAAACUUUCCAAAUCUUGAAAAACCUUUUUUUUUCUUUUCAUUUUCUUUCCAUCUUUGGUGCCCUCCUCUCAGCACGCUUGCAUGUGCAUGCCUCCCCACUGUGGGGGCAAAAACAAAAUAUUAGUCGUUCAACGAGCUUUCUCGCAUCAAUUGCAUUGCACCAUCGAGCUGACAUGGUAUCAUAAACAAGCCUUUUGUUUUUCCUUUGGACAAAACUUAGGUGUUGUUCUUAGAAUCAGAGUUUUAUAUUAAGAAUCUACGUUUUUAAAGAUUUGCACUAAGGAUAAUAUAGAUGCUUGGAACAAGGAGAAGUAUCUAGUGUCAGAUGGGAAACAACUGUGUUGGAUCGAGAACCUCUACUUCUGAUGCCGGAACUCGUGGCUCUUCUGUUUCUAGUUCAUACUGGUGGUGUCUUGGACAAAAGAAAGAUUCUUCUCAUACACAGAAAGGUGGCAAAAAGAACACAAAAGCCAUAGAAACUGUUCAAGACCAGCCUCCAGAGGUACUGAAAAUUGAGAGUGAUGAAGUGAAGCCUCCUCGUCAAGCCAAAGAGACUAUACCACCUCCGGAACAAACAAGGGCGCAGCCCCAAAAACCAAAGAGGCCACCCAAUGUGAGGAAGCCGGCAAGUGCAGGCCUCAAAGCAGAUUCUGUUUUACUAAGGAAAACCGGCCACCUUAAGGAGGGUUACAAUAUGGGACCAAAGCUUGGACAGGGCCAGUUCGGAACUACUUUCCUUUGUGUGGAGAAGGCUACUGGGAAAGAGUAUGCUUGCAAGUCCAUAUUGAAGAGGAAGCUGGUGACAGAGGAGGAUGUGGAGGAUGUGAGGAGGGAAAUUCAGAUAAUGCACCACUUGGCAGGCAGUCCUGAUGUGAUCUCAAUCAAGGAGGCUUUUGAGGAUGCUGUUUCAGUUCAUGUUGUUAUGGAGCUGUGUGCUGGCGGUGAGCUCUUUGAUAGGAUUGUCGAAAGAGGGCAUUACACUGAGAGAAAGGCAGCCAAGCUUGCAAGAACAAUAGUUGGUGUCAUUGAGUCUUGCCACUCUCUUGGAGUCAUGCAUAGGGAUCUUAAGCCUGAGAAUUUUCUCUUUGUUAAUCAAGAAGAAGAAUCCCCUCUCAAGGCUAUAGACUUUGGACUUUCUGCUUUUUUCAAACCAGGAGAAAUUUUCAAUGACGUUGUAGGAAGUCCCUAUUAUGUAGCACCUGAAGUUCUACGCAAGCGUUAUGGCCCCGAAGCAGAUGUAUGGAGUGCUGGUGUCAUUAUAUACAUUCUCUUAUGUGGGGUGCCUCCAUUUUGGGGAGAAACGGAGCAAGAGAUAUUCGACGCAAUUUUGCAUAAUCAACCCGAUUUCUCAUCGGAUCCAUGGCCUUCCAUAUCUUCAAGUGCAAAAGACUUGGUUAGAAAGAUGCUUGUCAGAGACCCUAGUAAACGGAUAUCAGCUUUUGACGUUCUUCGUCACCCCUGGAUUCAAGUUGAUGGAGAAGCUCCUGACAAGCCGCUUGAUUCUGCAGUUUUAAGUCGCCUAAAGCAGUUUUAUGCAAUGAACAAACUCAAGAAAAUGGCUCUCAGAGUCAUAGCACAGAAUCUCUCUGAAGAAGAAAUUGCAGGGUUGAAAGAAAUGUUUAAGGCGAUAGACACAGACAAUAGUGGUCAAAUUACUUUUGAAGAACUCAAGGUUGGACUGAAAAAGUUUGGUGCUAAUCUCAAUGAAUCUGAAAUAUACGACCUUAUGCAAGCAGCAGAUGUUGACAACAGUGGCACAAUUGACUACGGAGAAUUCAUAGCUGCAACAUUGCAUCUCAACAAGGUUGACAGAGAAGAUCAUUUAGUUGCAGCUUUUGCUUACUUUGAUAAAGAUGGAAGUGGCUACAUCACCCAAGAUGAGCUUCAACAAGCUUGCGAAGAAUUUGGCAUUGGAGAUGUUCGCUUGGAGGAAAUGAUCCGAGAAGCUGAUCAAGAUAAUGAUGGACGAAUAGACUACAAUGAAUUUGUGGCUAUGAUGCAGAAAGGCAAUGCAGAUAUGGGUAAGAGGGGUCGAAAGGGUAGCACUAGUUUUAGAAUAUUUAGGGAGGCACUACCGGUGUGUUAACUAAGAAAUAGUGGGUGAAUUUCUCUGUGUAUUUGUUUUUUCUAUCAUUUUUUGGUAAAUUAGCAUUUCCUCAACGGUUUGCUGAGCUUAGUAUCUCUUGAGGAACUUCAAUCACUUGUAUUGCACACAGAAACAUUAACACAUAGCCUUACAUUAUGGAUAAAAACACUGAUUUGGCAACUUUGUUUCUCAAGUACUACAAAGAAAUUCAAGUUUAACAAGAGAAAAUGACUUCACUA